CUGGACUGUAGUGCAGCACAUUGUGAGCAGAGCUGGAGGAACAGAACACAGUGUCAACAGUUCGGAGCAGCUUGAUUUCUGAUCAUUCUAAAAGCAGGGGGGAUAUCAGCAAAUUAGACAUGGCUAAAUAUCUUUCAGUCUUUAAGAUUGUCCCUCCUCCCACCCGAUCGCCAGAAUUUGAUACACCAUGGAGGCCAGUGGAAUGGAGUGAAGAUAACAAAAAUGAGAUGUUGAGAAAACUGAAGGAAUUCCAGCUCAGCACUCCAGACGUCAGUCAGCUCAGGAUUCUGCUUCAUGGCCCGAUUGGAGCAGGAAAGUCCAGCUUCAUCAACUCUGUCAACACCGUCCUCCAAGGCCGCAACACAACAGCUGCACUGGCAGAUUCAGCAGCUGGUGGUGAAAGUCACAGCUUCACCGUGAAGUUCAAAUAUCAUAGGCUGAAGAAAGAUGGGCCAGGAUCUUUCUAUCCGUUUGUCUUCACCGACAUCAUGGGUCUGGAACAGUCGAGCGGUGUCCACACAGAGGAUGUAAAAAACAUCUUAGAUGGUCACAUAAAAAAUGGCUACACAUUUAAUUCUGCUGGUCCAAUUGAGGAAGAAAACUCAUACUACAACAGCAGCCCCAGCCUGAAAGACAGAGUUCACUGUCUGGUGAGUGUUCUACCAGCACACAAAAUCUCAAUCAGCUCCGAUGAAGUGAUCUACAAGAUGAAGGAGGUUCGGCAAAAAGCACGUGACUUGGGAAUUCCCCAGGUCACCAUCAUGACCAUGGUGGAUGAAGCAUGUCCACUAGUUAAACAUGACCUGGAAAAGAUUUACACCAGCAAGAAAAUCAAAGACAAGAUGCAAGAGUGCAGUGACAGAUUGGGGGUCCCAAUGAAUUAUAUCUACCCAGUGAAGAACUACUACGAGGAGGUUACCAAUGACUUACACCUGGAUGUCUUGAUUCUGUUGGCUAUGAAAGACAUCAUUAUGUUUGCCAAUGACUAUGUAGAAGAACAGAUUUAUUUUACAUAUUUUUAGCCAAUGAGGGAGAAUCUUAUGAAGUGAGUAUAGUUUCAGGAAUGUGCAUAUGAGCAGAUCAGUCUGACAUUUCUGCAUUUGCCCACCAAGGAUGUAAUUAUAGUAACAUUCAACGAAAAAACCUUUCAAUUUGCUUCAUAAGUAGCUUUUUCUAUUGUUACUGCUACAAUACUAUGGUAUAAUAAUAAAAAUGCUGAUUUUCAGUAGCGCUCUCCCCUCCGGGAUUUUUGCAAUACUAUGUUAGCACCAAGUUAUUAUUAGUAUUUAUAUAUAUUCACACUUUGAGACAGCUGUAGCUUAAAUAUUGUAUUUGUUUUAUUUAAUGAUUUAAGACAUAAAUCCAUUUUGCUAUAAAAAUUUGUCUGUAAGGCUAUACAGUCAUUAAUAUAAUCUCAAGAUAAACAUGCAAAGACAUAUAUUGAGUUUUCUUAUGGAGUGAACAAUAGUUUUUUUUUUUUUUUGAAAAG